UAAAAGAGUUGCGCAAGACUUGUCUGUACCCCUCACAAUUCUAUUUAAAACCAUCCAUCCCCGGUUCUGAGCGCUAGUGUAAUUUAGUGCUUUAUCAGAAGUAACAACGCACCGUCAAACUAAAGAGUGAUCAACGCUUUUCGUGUAGUGACCGUAAGUGCAGUUUUUUUAAAAAAAUCACAAUGGCAAACCGCAACAUUCCCAUCAAAAUGGGCGACUUCAGUGUUAUCGAUACGGAAUUUAGCAGUAUCAGGGAAAGAUUCGACGCCGAGAUGAGAAAAAUGGAAGAAGAAAUGAACAAAUUCAGAUCGGAACUGACAAGCCGGGAGGCCAAUAAUUUUUUCAGAAGUACCACCAGGUCGUACGAAUGCGAAACGCUGUCUGGAGGUAAUAAGUCUACUUCAACAACCAGUUCGACGACACAGCAAACUAGCACGGGUUCCGAUUUGGCUCACAGAUCACCAGGUGGCGGCGACGUAAGGACAUGGUAUGACGAUUUGAACUCUCCCCUUAUUCAACAAGACGGUAACGAAAAGAGCCUUAAAUUGAGAUUUGACGUCAGUCAAUACGCUCCAGAAGAAAUCGUAGUCAAAACUGUUGAUAACAAACUUUUGGUUCACGCUAAACAUGAGGAGAAAACCGAAUCCAAAUCCGUCUAUAGAGAGUACAAUAGGGAAUUUUUACUGCCCAAAGGUACAAAUCCCGAACACAUUAAGAGUUCGUUGAGUAAAGAUGGCGUACUGACAGUAGAAGCACCCCUUCCUGCCAUCACUGCUGGUGAAAAAUUAAUUCCAAUUCAACACUAAAUUAAAAUGAAAUUUCUAGAGCUGUGAAGAUAUAUGUUUACUGACAUCCCCAAUGAUUCGUCAUGACAAUUAGAAUUGAUAUAUUCAAAGCAUUGACAAUUUUUUAAAUAAUUUAUUCCUGUAAUGUUGGUGGACAUAUACUUCAAAGCUAGCCAUUUCUGUUCACAAAGCUUGGUUACGCAAAAAAGUGAAAUUUCAAUAUUAUCAAAAACAGUUUAACAACUAACAACUUUAUUUAUGCUAACUGAAACUAUUUUCGUUGAAUUAUCAUGAAGAUUUAUAAUAGUUCGAUGUCGAAUAACUUACAAAAAAUUCACCCCGUAGUUUAACAAAUUUGUAUUAUCCGUAGGCUAUAAAUAAAUUAUUUUCAAUCUCUUAUAUUCGACUCAUUUAUUUUAGUUUUUAUUAUAAAUUCGACAAGUGUACAAAAUUAUUGUGGCCUGUGCAACUGUAAGUGCAACUGUAAUGAUUUUUUGGUUAAUAAAAUAUUACAUUUA